GUCUACGCUUCUCGACUCUCUGCACGCUUGCUUGCCAUCGCGUGCGUUAGACCCAAUCUCGGCAAACUAUCCACGUUUUUUCAGGGGACCAUCGGCAAGCCGCAAGCCAUAACCUGCAGCUCGUUGGACCUGUCGCUCUUUCCCAUUCUUCAUCUCUUCUCCCUCAUCUUCCAGCGCCUCUUGACAUCCCAAGGCUCGUCUGUGUGGUAACCUGCGCCCAAGAUGGAGUCUCACGAGAUGCUACCGGUCAAGACCCCUCAGGUCAACAUUGAAGAUGAGAAGAGAGAGUACGCUCAGGCGUAUGGCGGCCAAAGGACUGAAGGAACCAGAAACACGUCAACAAGAGUUCGAAGAAUUUUCAGCUUCGCUCAGAUUUUCUUUUUCGCGCUCAGUUACAUGUCGUCCUGGGAGGCCAUUGCAUCAAACAUUGCAUACUUCUUCUGGAAUGGCGGGCCUCGCUCUCUCUCCCUUGGUUACUUGGUUGUCAUCUCAGGUGUGCUGUGUCAGGUCGCAUCCAUGGCUGAGAUGGCUUCAGUACAGCCUAUCGCAGGUGCCCAGUACCACUGGACUCACUACCUCGCCCCUCCGUCUCAGCGACGAUUCAUCACCUGGAUGCAAGGCUGGAUCACCUGGUUCUCCUGGAUCUCGCUCCUGGCUGGCGUGGCCAACAUCGCUGCUCUCAUGAUUCAGGCACUUGUCAUCGCCAACUAUCCAACUUACAUUCCACACGGAUGGCAUGUGACCUUGAUCAUUUACGCCUUGCUUCUUGUCCAGGGCUUGAUGAACCAGUACGCUUUUUGGACAAUCCCCUGGAUCGAGUUGCUCUCUGGUCUUCUGCACAUCAUCAUGUGGGUGGUCUUUGUUUCGGUCUUGGUCACCCUCGCCCCUCGCCACACCGCAGACUUUGUGUUUUUGGAGAAGUCGGCUCUUUCCGGCUGGAACAACGAGUAUGUCUCAUUCAAUCUCGGAAUGCUUACUGCUACCUGGGGCUUCGUGGGUUUCGACGGAGCAGUCCAUAUGUCUGAAGAGGUGCGAAAGGCACGACAUGCAGUGCCGAGAGCCAUGUUUUGGAGUAUUGUCAUGAACGGAGCGCUUGCAUACGGCAUGGUGCUGGUUUUCCUGUUCUGCGCAGGAGAUGUCAACGACCUCCUCUCUUCGGGUUAUCCUCUGCUACUCAUCUGCAUCAAUGCGACGCAGUCCACAAGAGCGGGCUCCGCAAUGGUGGGCCUGUCGAUGAUCGUCACUCUGGCCUGCUGUCUGGGCAGUAUUGCAUCUGCAUCCCGAUUGACCUGGGCAUGGUCUCGAGACGGAGCACUCCCGGCCUAUUUCUCGUACAUCGACCCGAAGCACCGCAUUCCCGUGCGUUCAGUCUGGUUGCCAGUCUUCAUCGUCAUGUUGCUGGCUCUCCUCAACAUCGGCAGCAGCAUUGCCUUCAACGUUAUCGUGGCGCUCUCCACCCUCGGCCUGUACCAAUCGUACCUCAUGGCAAUUGCCUGUAUGAUCUGGGCUCGGUUUAGAGGGAGGGUGGAGCCGUCAGGCUGGUCGCUGGGGCGCUGGGGUAUUUACAUCAACGUCUUUGCGGUCAUCUACUCGGCGUACAUCAUGGUCUUCCUCUGCUUCCCAUCUUUCCUGCCCAUCAACGGCUCGGACAUGAACUAUGCCCUCCCAAUUAAUGCCUUCGUCCAGCUUGUUGCGUUGGCUCUGUGGUUCUUCUGGGGCAAGCAGAACUGGAAGGGUCUUAACAAGGACGUCGUCGAUGCUGUGGUGGCCGAUUCGGACCGCAACACCAAGGAUUAAAUGCAACAACCAUUGUGGGCAUCGUCGGAAAUAUACAUAUUCGCUCACCUUUGGUGUUUUGGGGGCUUGUCAUCCGGAACCAAAACUUUACAUGUUAUACUCACUCAUAUUCGCCUUUGGUCAAUUUACCGGGUCGUCGGCAAAGUGGAAAUCGGCGCAUACCAGGCGGUUCGAUUUACUCCGUUACUCGGCAAUAGAAGAAAAGGCUAUAUAUGUACAUACACAAUGCACG